GUAGUCGCUGAAGUGUUGGCAGGAGAAAGUGCACAUCAGUUAAUGAUAAACGGUUUAGCGAGAACUGCAUAAGACAGAUAUGUUUUAUUUGUGUACGUGAGACACGUCAGCAUAAUGGCAGCCCUGCGAGCAGCUAAACAUUCGCUCAGGAAGGAGAUAAAGAAGCGACUGGCUGUUCUGAGUGACGAGGACAAACGGCGUCAGUCACAGAUUGUUUCCCAAAAGCUGUUCAAACAUCCCAAUUACACAAGCAGCCAUCGUGUCGCCGUGUUUCUGAGCAUGCAGGAUGAAGUUUGCACCCAGGACAUCCUUCGGCACAUGUUCAGCAGCGGCAAGGUCUGUUUUAUCCCCAGGUACCAGAGCAAUAGCAACCACAUGGACAUGCUGCGGCUGAACAGCAUGGAGGACUUGAACUCGCUACCCAUCACAAGCUGGAACAUCCGGCAGCCCGCUGACAGUGACACAGCGAGGGAGGAAGCUCUCGCAACAGGUGGCUUAGACCUGAUCCUGAUGCCUGGACUGGGCUUUGAUAAAAAUGGCAACCGUUUGGGCCGAGGAAAAGGCUUCUAUGACUCGUACCUUCAGCGCUGUAUGAAGCAUCCUAAAGGCAAACCCUACACCAUCGCACUGGCCUUUAAAGAGCAACUGUGUGAACAGGUUCCUGUGGACGACAGCGACAUGCUUAUUGAUGAAAUUCUGUUCGAGAACGCUUGAGCGGGAGCCAACUCAACAACAACAAAAAAACUCUGUCAAAAGAGUUUACUGAGUAUGAUUCACAGAGCGCUACAAAGAUAAGUGGGUUAAGAAAUUAGAGCUCUUUCCAUGACUUCAGUCCAAUGGAAUCUAAUAAAACUGCUCUUGGUUAAGUCGGAAUAAUUAACUGACGGAACGCGUUAUACGUUAUGAAGCGGAAAAAUCUACCUCUCAAUCUAAAUCUUAAUAGAAUCAAGAAAACUGUGGAUAAAAGCUACAUUUAAAGCUGAUGGUAAUUCAGCAUGUUCUGAUUUAGUGCUGUUUCAGUUUGUUUAAAUGUAUUACAAAUGGACUAGUUUAGCUUAGAGUGAAGAAAAGCCUGAUUCACCGGGAUUGAUAGAUUGCAGAGGGACAGGAGAGAAGUAGUGAAACAUGCGCUGCAACAUUUUUAAAUAACUGUAAUUAUGUAAAGUUAAAAACGCUAAUAAUGUAAAACUCUGUGCAUCUGACCGUGAUGACGGACAUGCAUUGGUUAUGUGGAGACGCUUCACUCCCCGUGCGUCACUUUUUUUGCUUUAAAUUCUGUAGCCAUAUCAGAAUACUGGUGACUCAUCUCUAGAUUCGAUGUCUUACCUUAGACAAAAUAAAAUGUGCACGUGUCCAAGGAUAACUGGUCAUGUCCUCAUAUUUAUAUAUAAAUACAUCCAUAGUUCACAAUAAGAAGCUUGAGUGCAUCAGACAGGAGAUCAGGACAAAAUUGUGGUGAAUAAGAGCCUUUCAGAACAUCAUCUUAUAACAAACCACUACAAAGUGGUGAAAGUGAUGGUUUAAAAGCUGUGCUAAUGUCAAAUACUGUGAUUAUCCUUGUAAGCUAGACAAGCCAAAGUGAAAAACACUUCUGUAAAUUGAUUAUGAUGUUGAGUUCUUUGGUCAUCUUUACCUGUUUAUGGAAGCUGUCGCUCUGGAUAAGAAAUGAUGUUUCUGUUUCUUUGCUGCUUUUGCAAUUAUUGAUUAAACUGGAUUUGUGCUUA